GCUGAAGGUGCACGUGCACGAUAGAGCAAUGGCUGAAAGAGAACCGAAUAUUGAAGGAUUAACCAAUAAACCGUCAAUACAUGAACAUAAACAGACGGAAGAGUCCAAAUCAUCGGCUGACAGUAAACAGAAGGAAGAGGACUAUGGCUACAGUUUAUAUCCCGGAAGAACAAGCAGCAAGUAUAAAGAGGGCUCGAUCGGAGAGAGUUUGUUCACCUUUAAACACAAGUGUCACGUCAUGCUGCAGUUCGCCAUGGACACCAGUCCGUAUGCAAAACUCCUGCUGGACGCCAUGAAGAGCUCCGGCUGUACAGUAUUUAAAGACAGACAUUUCUCAUGUGAGGACUGUGAUGGGACCGCCAGCGUGGAUUUGAUGCCGCUACCUUCUCAGAUUGUUUUAUGUCAGAACAACAUUCACCAGCAGGCUCAUAUGAACCGAGUCGUGACUCACGAACUGAUUCACGCGUUUGAUCACUGCAGAGCUCGAGUCGACUGGUUCACCAACUUCAGACAUCUGGCCUGUUCAGAGAUCCGGGCGGCCAAUCUGAGCGGCGACUGCUCGUUCGCUAACGAGAUCUCAAGAUUUAACUUUGGCCUCAAGGAACAUCAUCAGGAAUGCGUUCGGGGCGCUAGCGCGCCGAUCCUCGCCGUACGGAAGGUGAGCAGGGAGGAGGCGGAGCGAGUGGUUGACGAGGUGUUUGACAGCUGUUUCAAUGACCACGCCCCCUUCGGCCGCAUCCCACACGGCAAGAAAGAUGCCAAGUUUGCCCACAGGGACUUUGAGAACAGAGAUCGUUAUUAUGCAAACCUGUAAAGUGCAGCAUUGUGAACAGUUUUAUUCUCCCACAUGUGCUUUAUUACAUGUUUAUAACUGCGCAAUAACAGUGUUAUAAACACUUGACUGCUGGGAGCUCUGUUCCAGCAGAUAAGCACAGACUCGCUUUUUCACCUGACAGCAAAUAUAAUGUUCUUGAACUGAUCAUCAGUUUGAAAGGGAGGAAUUAAAGUCGCAUGAGAUGUUUAUAGACGGGACGCGGUUGUGUCCAUUUUUGUUUUCUUUCUAUGAUUAUAUGAACAAUUAAACGAGUGUUUGAACCCCAAAUCGCUGUUGAACUUUCCACACAUGAUACUGAAACAAAUGUCCAAAGUUUCUCAAUUCUAUUUGCAUUGACAUUUACAUCAUUAAAAAUGAAAUAUACGUGCUUUUGUCUUUUUCUUUAUAUGUUUAAACGCAUAAAAAGGUUUAAUAUUAAGGAGAUGCUGUCUAGUUAGAGUUUAGUAAGAGAGAGAUCACAUUUUGUCCUCAUGGUGGCGCUGUUGCUGUGUUUGAUGUGAUGUGUCAUUUAAUAAGAGUCUGAUUAUGAGCUCAUGUCCAAGACAAGAAUAUCCUUCAACCGGACCACGUGAUCGAUCGAUGUGCGCGCGCAUGCACCUCUCAUCUUUAUUUGUAAUGCACUCAAAGCGCUACAAGGUUGAA